GGAAACUCCAUUAUUCUAUAAAUAAUCAUCACUGGAACGCCAUUUGCAAAUGAUAUUCUCAAACAUCACAACUUAAAGACGCCAGGGCGAAACAACCUCGGGCGAACGGGAUUUCAGAGAGAAUUGAAGGAUGCUGUGAAGAAGACAAUGAGAACGUUUCUGUGCACAUGUUGUUGUAAAUAACACCCAUUGUAGGUGUGUUACAACUACAUGUGCACGUUCUGUACCUGUACUUACUAAUAAGCAGAGCAAAAUGAACGGCGAGGACGACAUUGCGGUACUUGACCAACAAGAGGAUAUAGAUAACCUGGGAUACCCAGUUCCUGUCACAGACGAUUUCCAAAGUAACCUUCAACUGUACAUUAGUACUGGCAAGCCAGAGAAUGACGCUGCCUCGCUGCAUGCCCUCAGGAACGCCUACCAUGAUCUUAAACUCCGAUACAAUGAACAAACCGCAAAGGUGCACUCCAUGAGACAGGCGAUAAAGGACAUGGAAGCCCAAAGGAUUCAGAACACCAAUCGCCCAUUUAUUAUGAACACCACUGCACUGGCUGGCGCAGCCGGAGCAGGAAAUCAAACAGCUUCAGGAGCUGUGGAGCCCAACCCUCACCUUCGCGCUAAUUUAGGGUACGCAGAUAGCUUACAAAGACAAAUUCUUCGUUUGAAAAAUACAAGUGCAGGGAGGGAAAAGGAGAUGGAGAGAAAGUAUUCAGAUUUAUACACAAAGUACAAAAGAUUGGAGGCUGACGUUAAUACCUUACAGCUGCGUAACAGAAAAACAACAGCAGAACUAGAAAAAUCAGCAAAUCUAUUAAAGGAUCGUGAUAUGCUCAUUGAACAAUUGUCAGACCGCAAAGACUUAUUAGAGAAAAAGGUUGGAAGACAAAACCCAGAGUCGUUCUCAGAAGAGAGUAGACUACAAGAAAAACACAUGAUGGGGAUAAUGGAAUAUCAGACGAAGUACAUUGAUGAGCUGAAGGAAAAGGUUCAGGAACAGAACAGUAUCAUCAAUAAGCAGCUGGACAUGAUCAAAACAUUUUGUAGGAAUCAAAAAGAGGCUGAAGCUGCAGCUUCGAGAAACAGUGAUUACCAGAUUCAAGAUUCUGCCAGACGGCCUGACGGAGAAUCUCUUCUCCCACUUAAUGUGUUAGAACAACAUGGUGCUGGGGCAAGACCUCGCCAAUCAGGUGCUCUCACAAUCAGUGCACAAACACAUUUGCAGAACACGGGGAGUAGUCCUCCUUCCAGUAGUAGACAGCAGUAUGUGCCAAAUCAGCUUGACACACCAGUGUAUUCACGCGAGUCACUGGCGGAAGUGGAAGCGAGAAGGCAAAAUAAUUCGACAUUACAUCAAAACUUUGCUGAUGCCAGGAUAAGCAGGGGCCCUGUCAUGGUUCAGUCUCCGUCUUCAAACCAGUUACCUGUGCCAGCACCACAGCCUUCACAUGAUGCUCCAGACUCACCUGUUCUCAACAGAUCCCCCAAAAUGUCCUCUCCGAAGAUACCAGUAAAUCCCUCCGGCAGUUCUUACUCCAUGGCACGGUAUCUUGACCAACAACCGGGACUGCGUCUAGAGGAUGCUUCAGUAUUGCCUGACACUAUAUACCAACCAUCCAGCGAUGGGCGUCAAGGACCCAUGUACGAAAAUGACCAGCGCUUACAAGCCCUUCGAAUAGAUGAUAAAAAAUUAACUUUGAAUGAUACAAUUUAUAGGAGUGCUGCACCGCAAGGAUCAUAUACAAGGCUGGAGGAUAGUGGGACUGUUGUUUUGUAUCCGCCAUUACCAUCAUCACAGGAAGCCAAUUACGAAAAUAUCAAGGUGUUUCUCCCACCAACACAAGAGCAGGCCAACGGAGAUUACGCUAAUGUGUCAGCGUUAAUAGGGCGCAGUGACCAGUCAAAUGGUAGUAAUACCCAGAAAUGUCCAGUGUGUAAUAAAAAUUUCCUAACUACGCCCAUUGAUAAAUUCCAACAACAUGUUUUGGAUUGUAUGGAUGUCAAUGAGGAGGAGGGAACUCCAACGCUGCAAAAUGUAUCACAGGGAGAAAAUGGUCGAGAAUGUCCAAUGUGCACAGCAGUGUUUCCAGGAGGACUGCCUCAGGAAGAGUUUGAAAGACACGUCCAGGAACAUUUUGGGGAAGACCCUAUGAUGGAGAGGUUUGAAGUGCUGCAAGCCUAGAUGUUAUUUUCUAUUUUAAUGUGAGUGGUGAAUGUAUGGUUUAUCAAUUGAUUUUGAAAUUCUGUGUCUUUGUUUUAAUUAAGGGCUGAGAACGAUUUAAAUUAACAGCCCAACUGGUGAACUAAAAUAAUGACUGUACUUUUAAAAAAUUAAGGUAGAGAAUAUCGGUGAAAUAUAUAUACGAUAUUAGAAUUUACAUAGAUUAUCUUUCUGUAAAAGACUCUGUAUAGUGUAUUUGCUUGUCUUAAUGUUAACGGCACAUGUUAUGGUACAUGCUUAUUGACAAUGGGACUUAUAUUAUUUUUUCACUUCUGCAAGUUUAAUAACCAGUUGUAUCCAAUGAACAUUUUUGGAGUUAUGGGCCUUUAUUGAUUUCUGUCUGCAGUGUCUGCUCAUCCUGAAUUAUAGAUUAACUUAAAAUAUUUAAGAAUGGCUAAUUUUUUAUAAAAGCUUGAACAUUGAUGUAAUAAAGGUAUCACAUGUAUACGGAAACAUUGUUCUGUAUACCGUUUAUUUAUCGGUUCCUGAAAAAAUAUUUCUUUAUUAUCAGUAACAAGUGUAGUAUGUACUGCUUCACGCUCACUUAGGUAACUAAUGCUAUCAUUUCAAGGAAACUUCAUACGCAUAAGAAUCAUCACUAAGUGUAACAACAAAUUCUAAAUUCAAGUGUCAAAUCAAUGUCCAAGAGAUAUGAUGUUGAAAGUCUAGUUUACAUGUUUACAUUUAUAUAUUGUGAUCUGUCUUCAUUUGUCGUCCACAAUCCUGACAAAGUGUUUUUUAUUUUUCGGGUCAGUCAAAUAUCCAUCACGACCUACCAUCACCUGAAAUAUAAUUUGAACUCCAGUUGUGCUGCAGUGAAAUUAAACUGAUGAAAACAUUAAGCCUGUUGGCCUCUUCUUAGAUGUAUACAGUUGGACUGAAAGCCUGCUUUAGGAAUGAAUAGGGGCUUGAAGAUCUGGUUACAACACGUUUCUGGGUCCCCUUAUAAAGUGUUCUGUUUAGACAGGAUUCACUGAAACAUUAGGAUGAGAAAGUUAUAAUGUACAGCUGUAUCAUAAGACAGGCAACAUACACAUUGACAUUGUUAUGACAUGACCAGAUUUCCUAUGGAUAAUUUGACUAAUAAACAUGCAGAAUGGUUUUGUUGAAAAUUGGA